UAAGUUAUACAUAUGUAAAUAUGUAUGUAAGUAUUUAUUAUUUAUAAGCUAGGUGAUAUUGAGUGAUUGGUGUUGAAAUAGCAAACUCAAAUGUAACUGUUGGUAAAAAAUCAAUUUAGUCGAUUCAAAGCUGUGUGUACGUACAGACCGCAAUGAGUUUAGUUGGUAAAGUUGUUAUUGUGACGGGAGCAAGUUCGGGCAUUGGAGCUGCAACGGCUGAGGCGUUUGCCAAGCUAGGCUCUAAAGUGGUGCUCGUAGGACGAAAUGUAGCGAAUUUAAAGGCAACUGAAGUAGCCUGUAGAGCAGCCAACAACAAAGCUGAACUGCUCUCCAUCACUGCAGAUGUCACAGUGGAUGCGGAACGCAUUAUAAACUCAACUAUUGAAAAAUUCGGCCAAUUGGAUGUUUUGGUAAAUAACGCCGGUAUACCCUCAGCAGGCCACAUACUGGAUAUAGACGUUAAACAAUUCGAUGAUGUUUUAAAUACAAAUUUACGCUCAGUUUUCCUUCUAACUAAAUACGCCGCACCACAUCUGAUCAAGACUCAGGGUAAUAUCGUGAAUGUCUCCAGUGUCGCAGGUUUGCGUUCGUUUCCUGGUGUUUCGGUCUAUUGCACCUCAAAAGCAGCACUUGAUCAAUUUACCAGAUGCAUUGCGUUGGAUUUGGCACCGAAGAAUGUGCGUGUGAAUGCCGUAAAUCCUGGUGUGAUUAUUACCGAUAUUCAUCGGCGUUUAGGCAUGUCUGCGGAGGACUAUGCUAAAUACCUGGAACGUUGUAAGGAGACACAUGCCCUGGGUCGUGUUGGAGAAGCAAAAGAAGUGGCUGAUGCCAUUAUUUUCUUUGCUAGCGAUCAAUCAAGCUUUAUAACGGGCGCGACUCUGCCCAUCGACGGUGGCAAACAUGCAAUGUGCCCGCGUUGAUUGCCAAAAUAAAUGAUAUUUAUGUAUUUAUAACAAAAAUAUAAAUAAAUAUAUUCAAUACA